AUGCGCAAACUUCAGGCUGCCAUCACCGCGAUUCGACUUGGACCCGGAGCUGCCAAGCUACCACAAGAUGUGCAAAAGAUAGAGUUGCGAUUCGCAUACAAAAUGAACGGUGGACACAUGGGAGCAAGGAAAUUCUGGAGAGAGGAACUUCCGCGAUUAAAAUAUCACAACCCGGCCGUGGCUAUGACAGUACAUCGAACUGAACUCGCAGAGGACCCUUCGAUCAUGUCGAUACACUAUGGACCACCUUCGAUUGCAGAAAAUGCCACGACUUCGCCAUCACCUUCAUCACCAUCAUCACCAGUCCCGGACAACAGUCAAGCUACGGAGGAGCGGAUAGAGCAGCUCGACAUGAAGAACUACACCAACUCCGAGAUCCUUGACGCACUAUUGAAACUGACCAAGGCGCAACCGGUGGAGCAGACUCCGGAUGACAUUGAACUUCUCGCAAGGUUGAAGAGAGAGGCAGAGAGGAGUGCAGAGGAUGCCAAAUUAUCAUUGGAGGUACGGACAAGAGAAAAGAGGGACAGAGAAUUGUUGGAGCAAGCACGAGGAGACCUAUGA